GAUGGGCGGGCAGGAGCACGUCCUGCCCCGCAGGCCGGGGCUGGCGGCUUGCUGAGGGCAGCAUAUGCUAAGCGGGAGCGAGCCUACGGGCAAAGUUUGCGGGCGGGCGGAGGAGGAGAGCCGCGGCGGGACUGCAGCAGCCGCGCUGGAGAUGCCCCUGCGGAGCCUCCUGCCAGCGGUGGGGCUGCGGCAGCGGAGCUGAAGCCGCGCUGGCCACCCGCCUGCGGGGGCUCCUCUUCCUCCGGGGAAGGAGGGGGCCGACCGGGCGCUCUACGGCUGUGCCGCCUCAGCGGGGCUCGCCUCUUGCCCGGCUCCGGAUCCAGCUCCGGCCCUUCUCCGUCAUCGGGGCUGCGGAGUGCGGUCCUGCGCGCCCCGCUCCUCCUCCGGGCUGGCCGGGCAGGUCGGUGCCCGCGCCGGAGCCCCGCACGGCUGCAUGCCCGCCGCGGUCUCGGCACGUCUGGAUUCGCUGGAGUCCUGGGCCUUCCAUGCACUGCUGGUGCUGCCCUAUAUGUUUUACGUGGGCUUAUUCUUUGUCAACGUGCUGAUCCUGUACUAUGCUUUCCUGAUGGAGUACAUCGUUCUCAAUGUAGGCAUCGUCUUCCUGCCCGAGGAUAUGGACCACGCUCUGGUGGAUCUGGGGGUGCUCUCUGACCCUGGCUCAGUGCUCUAUGAGACGGACAGCGAGCUGGAUGUCUUUGAUGGGUACUUGGAGUGACGGCCCGGGGCGCUCCAAAGAGACUGACUGCUGGGUGACGCCGUCCGGCCCGGGACUGGGGCUGGGUGUCCCGGCAUGGCCGCCCCUAGGGAACCGCCGCGGCCCCGCGAUACCCUCGCUGCGGCUCGGCUCCUUCUGCAGCAUCUUCCCUUACAGUUCCGCUUCCCCUCAGCCCCGGGGCAGGGGCGGGGGCCGGGACCCACUGCCGCCGGGCAGGGCCGCGGGCACGCCGAGGGCUCGCCGGGGAAGUAAGUCAUUUACUCCAUCUCGUUCCGGGCAGUGGGGCGCUCGGCCCGCCCAGUCCGCCAUCGGGGCUGGGGGCAGCCCUUCCCGGGACGGCGGAAGACAAGGGCAGGGAGCGGGCCCUGCGCCGGGACACGCACCGCCGCAGCCGCCAACGCGGAUUCAUUGAACACCUGAAAUGAAUUAUGACCAGGUACAUGGAUCAAGUCAUGGAAAUAAAUUAUACUCUGAAAUGUGGAGAUGAAAAGAAGGACAAGGGGACAAGAAGAGUUGUCAUCAGACCUUGUCAGUGGUGACUUUUCUCCAUGGUCAUUGCCUCUUGAGUGUGCAGUAACCACAGUGAUUCAUGCACCAUACUUGGCUUCAUAGGUAAUUCUGGAAUGGACUGUAUGAACAAAUAAUGUAAGCUAUGUUCUAUUAUAACAGAAAAUCAAGAUGUUACUCAGAGUCGAAAAACUUUUGAAUAAAUACCAUGUUACCCAGACACGCUCUAGAUACUGCUUAAGCAAGUGUUACAAUCACACACUGAAACUCUACCAGCCACUAGUUCAAAGACAGUGCUUUCUCAGGGGACAAUCAGCAGGAGUGACUGCAGGGAGUGCUUGUUCAGGGCAGCAUUACGGCAAGAACUGUGCUAGUAAGAUAUUAAAUUGUGAGUUUUGACAUAGAUCAGAGAGUUAAUUUUAUAUAAGUAGAUGAAUUCGUUAUCUAACACGAGAUACUUUGCAGAUUGUUUAAGCUCAUGUUCCUAUGUACAGAUGUGAAAGCAAUACAAUAAAGACUGACCUUUUCCAUGAAAAAGUUAA